AGGUUACGUGUUUUGUUUUGUUAUUUGACCACGAUAUUGUUACGUACUAAUUUCCUUUAAGACUUAUGAUGAAGUCAGUAAACCACAGCCUGCCGCGAGUGCUCUCCGGGCUGGUGCUUUCCGCUGCGGCGUGCAUUUGACAUGUCCGUUCCCAGGUUCAGCAGGCCAGUCACGCUCGGUCUCCGGCAACAUGGACCAAAGCGAGAUUCUGCUGCAAAACCUGGAAAGAGCCCAAAGCAAGAAGCUCAACCAAAAAGAGUUUGUAGAAGAGUUUUUGAAGCUGAAAAGGCAGUCAACAAAGUACAGAGCGGAUAAAAUCUACCCUACAGCAGCAUCUGAGCAACCAGAGAAUAUCAAGAAGAACAGAUACAAGGACAUCUUACCCUUUGACCACAGCAGAGUGAAUUUGUCCCUGAUCACAUCAGAUGCAGAUUCUCAUUACAUCAACGCCAACUUCAUCAAGGGUGUCUAUGGGCCAAGAGCAUACAUUGCAACCCAGGGUCCUCUCCCCACUACUGUCAUUGACUUCUGGAGGAUGAUCUGGGAGUAUGAAGUCUUGACUGUGGUCAUGGCUUGCAUGGAGUUUGAAAUGGGAAAGAAGAAAUGUGAGCGGUACUGGGCAGAGGCGGGCGGCUCUCCCCUGCAGUGCGGUCCUUUCUCCGUCGCCUGUGAAGCUGAAGAGAAGAAAAAUGAGUAUGUGAUUAGGACUUUAAAGGUGACCCUGAAUGAGGAAAUCCGCACCGUCCACCAGUUCCACUAUAAAAACUGGCCGGACCACGACGUCCCCUCGUCCAUUGACCCCAUCCUGGAGCUCAUCGGUGAGAUUCGCUGCUACCAGCCGGACGACAGCGUCCCCAUCUGCAUCCACUGCAGUGCUGGCUGCGGGAGAACAGGAGUCAUCUGUGCCAUUGACUACACCCAGAAGCUGCUGAAGGAUGGAAUUGUUCCGGUAAACUUCAGUAUUUUCAGUCUGAUCCAGGAAAUGCGCACGCAAAGGCCUUCCAUAGUGCAGACCAAGGAGCAGUAUGAGCUGGUUUACGAUGCAGUGAUUGAGCUCUUCAAAAGGCAGAUUAAAGCACUUGAUGCCCAGGAAGAUUCUGCUGCUUCACAGGUACAAACAAAGCAUCCUACAGCCAAGCCACUUCUGACUCCAGAGGAAGAUAUUUAUUCUCUCAGAUUACUAACCUGCUCAGAGCAAGAGGCACAGGAUGUGCACCAACGUCUUCCUCCGGAGGUGCAAAGCGAAGCAUCCCUGACAUCGUUGUCUGCCACGGGAGCACACGACAGCUCUGGAGUCCCUCCCAUCUCCUUUGGUACUUUGAACUUCACCAGCUGCAGGAAGGCAGCUGCCGCUGAGAAGCGGGGCGCUGGGGACGCUCUCCAGAAACACCGCAGUUUGGAGUUCAACAGCAUCUCUCCCGAGCAGCUGCUUCUGAACCUGGAACCGAAGGGAGCAGGCAGGAGAGGGCCUCGUGGCAGAGCACCUCUGACGCGGGCUGCAUCGACCCCGUUUGUGCUGGCGCAGCGGGGAGACGGCUGGGAAUGGGAUGGAGGGGAUGCAAAGCCUGGUUUGAGCCCGCAGUUGCCAAGUGCCUGUUACUCAAGCUUUCAGGUGGAGAAGCAGAACAGAUUUUCCGCUAUUGAGCUGGACCACUCAAGCCAGGACGUGGAUGGCUCCCCAAGCCAUGGGAACUGUGGGCAAUGUUCUUACCCUUACAUCUGCUCAGCAGAAGACCCCUACUUCUCUUCACCCUCUCCAGAGGAACCCAUGUCCCCGGUGUUUGCCAAGUGCUUUGCGGAGGGGCAGGACGCUUUUCUCCCUUCCUGCGCCGUGAGCGCCCCGCUGCAGCCUGCCGCGGCCAGCUGCCCAUCAGCCAGGCCAGUGUCCUACCACGCUCCCCUGCUGAACGAGGAGAGGACGUCCUCCCCGACCACCCUGCCACAACCAGACGACGAUGAUCCUCCGCCCCUGCCCGAGCGAACCCCCGAGUCCUUUAUUGUGGCCAGCGAAUCUGGACAAUUUCUUCCGGCCACUUCUGAUUUUCAGCUUCCAGCCAGAAACACAAAUAUUGGAACCUCUUUGGAGUGGAGUGGUGAGUCUCACUCAGAGGCAUUUAAUGACUUGGUGAGGCUGAGACCAUGUAAGAGUGUGAAGCUUCGGAGCCCACAAACAGAGACAACCCGGGAUCGCUCUAACUCUCCUCCCCCGCUUCCUGAAAGAACCCCGGACUCAUUUGUUAUUGCUGAUGCAGCAAGUCUGCAGCCUGCUGCAAGAAAUUCUACAGGUGCUCUGGGCUUGGAGGACAAUCCUUCUGAAACAUCGUCAAAAGAGCCUACGAAAUGCUUCCGGAGAAGCAAGAGCUUGAAAAUUUUGAAAAACAUGAGAAAGAGCAUCUGUAGUCCAUCGUCACUGACAAAACCAUCAGAAUCCGCCCCGUCGAACCAUUCGAGGUUCUUCUUUAACUUUGGCUUUGCAAACCGAUUUUCAAAACCUAAAGGGCCAAGAAAUCCACCACCAGCAUGGAAUAUUUAGAGAGAGAAAAAGUGGGAUUUGGGGAAUUUGGUCGAGAGAGGAAUCUACUGACCACUACUGGAACAGAGAACUCGGGCUGCUCUACUGCUACUCUGGCUGGAGCAACAGCUACCGCGGCGCGGAGCAGCCUGCCGUCUUUCACCGAAGGCACCUGUGUUCUUGACGGAAGAAACCAACCGACGACCUUCCCUAAUUUACGUUCUGCGUUUCUGUGCCGUACCAAAGCCCCGGUCAGGGAGGCAGGCCUGGGCCGGGCCCGCGCCUCGACGCCUUCACGGGGCCCAGCCCGUUCCCCGGGAGCCGAACCCCGCCAACUGCCAGGCCAGCCGGCUUUACCUCACGUUUUACAAUGCUGUAACCGACGUUCCGUGCUCGUGUAUUUAACCAAUGAAGCAUUUUAUGACGUGUGAGAAAUGCCGUAAAAAUAAAAUUUAUUUAUGGGCCCGCAAGCCCGGUUGUA